CUCUUAAAUAACUCACUUAAUAGAGACUCGCAUACAGUGGUAGAUAUAUUCGACCAGAUUGUCAGUGCUGUCCAUUACGUGCAUUCAAUGGGUUUAAUGCAUCGCGAUCUCAAACCGUCAAAUAUAUUCUUUUCAAUGGACGGCAAUAUAAAGAUCGGUGACUUUGGGUUAGUGACGGCCACUGCUGUCGAGGAGGAGUCACACACUCCGUCCGCACACAACUCAACCGAUGAUAUCAAUUGCUUUAUUCUUAACCGAAGUUCCAGUUCCCACACCAAUCGUGUUGGCACUCAAUUAUAUAUGAGUCCCGAACAGAUCCAAAACCACCCGUACAGUCAUAAAGUGGAUAUAUUUUCAAUGGGAAUCAUAUUAUUCGAACUCUUAGUUCCUUUUAAGACAGAAAUG